CCAUUUUUGCAAAGGGAAAAGAGACAGGGUAGAGGGGAUCUAAUUUCCAACAGUCGGCGUAGGUAGGACACAAUUUUAACGGUUCGGAACUGACUGUCAUUAUUGGGUUCCAAUAACUACCAACGAAAAUUAAUUACAGUAGGGGGAGUCUCAAGAAGACUGCUAUCAGUGUAAAUAUUUUUAAACCUUAUGGAGCCGCAGUGUGGAGUGAAGUAGCUAUUGUUUUGGUUGUGUAGAGAGCGAGGCUCUAGCGACGGGGGUCUCACCCAGGUCGCUGUUUCUUUAUUCAAGGUAUCUACAGUGAGUGGACUUUAACUGCCUUGUGGAUGCACUUAGAUGUCUGCAAUGAGUGCUGUGGCUGGCAUGCCUCAGUGUUUUGGACUCCCAUGCUCUGGACUCAGUAGGACAAGAAUUGAUCAGCAAAGAACGUCAUGAGCAUAGUGAUCCCUGUAGGGGUGGACACAGCAGACACCUCAUACCUGAAAAUGGCUGCAGGCUCAGACAGACCAGAAUCGGUAGAGGCCAGCCCUGUGGUGGUGGAGAAAUCCAGCUACCCGCACCAGAUCUACAGCAUUAGCUCUCACCACUCCCACAGUUACAUUGGGCUGCCCUACGCCGACCACAACUAUGGGGCGCGACCCCCGCCCACACCCCCGGCCUCCCCUCCCCCCUCCAUGCUGAUCCGUCCGGGCGAGGGGCUGUUUGUGCCAGGGGGCCUGCAGGACGAGGCUUCCAGGGGCACCACACUCAGCACCUCGGAGGACGGCAGCUACGGGGCCGACAUCACCCGCUGCAUCUGUGGCUUCACCCACGACGACGGCUACAUGAUCUGCUGUGACAAGUGCAGUGUGUGGCAGCACAUAGACUGCAUGGGGAUCGACAGGCAGCACAUUCCUGAGACGUACCUGUGUGAGCGCUGCCAGCCGCGCAUCUUGGACAGAGACCGGGCCAUCGUGCUGCAGACCCGCAAGAGGGAGAACAUGUCCGACGGGGACACCAGUGCCACAGAGAGUGGGGACGAGGUGCCACUGGAGUUGUACACGGCCUUCCAGCACACGCCCACCAGCAUCAUACUCACCACCGGCCGCCUGGCGGGCAACAAGCAGGCCGACAAGAAACGCAAGAGGAGCGGAGACAAGGAGCCUGUCGCCACCUCGGCCAGAGCCAAGAAGGCGUUCCGUGAGGGCUCCAGGAAGUCCUCCAGAGUGAAGGGUGGCGCUCCAGAAAUGGAGCCCGGGGAGCACCCGUCUCUGUGGGAGAACAAGAUGAAGGCUUGGAUGGAGGCCUACGAGGAUGCCGGCAGCAACCAGUACAGCGAGGACGUCCAGAUCCUGCUCCGCGUCAAGGAGGCCGGCGACGGCAAGACCUUGGCCUACAACACACACACGGCCACCUUCAAACCGCCCGUGGAGAGCCAGGUUCAGAAGAACAAGAAGAUCCUGAAGGCAGUGAGGGACUUGGCUCCAGACUCCCUCAUCAUAGAGUACAGGGGCAAGUUCAUGCUGCGACAGCAGUUUGAGGCCAAUGGAUGCUUCUUCAAGAGGCCGUACCCCUUUGUGUUGUUCUACUCAAAGUUUGACGGGCUGGAGAUGUGUGUGGACGCCCGCAGCUUUGGCAAUGAGGCCCGCUUCAUCCGACGCUCCUGCACCCCCAACUCUGAGGUGCGUCAUGUAUUAGAGGAUGGUAUGCUCCAUUUGUACAUUUACUCUUUGAGGUCCAUCAGCAAAGGCACCGAGAUCACCAUAGGCUUUGACUAUGACUAUGGCUGCUGUAAAUACAAGGUGGACUGUGCAUGUGUGAGGGGGAACCCAGAGUGCCCGGUGCUGAAACACAACCUGGAGCCCACAGAGAACCUGGAGGCCAGCAGCCGCCGGCGGGGCCGCAAGGACAAGGAGCCCAUAAUGCAGCGAGGGGACCACCUGGACCUGGGCCAGAACCAGAAUAUGACCCUGGACUGUGACGGCAAGACCAAGGGUCUGGGGGCCGACGGCAAGCAGAGGAAGCUAUCGCCCCUCCGCCUCUCUAUCUCCAACAACCAGGAUCCUACAGAGUUAGAGGGUGUAGAAGACCAGCCUGAUAACUCCGUUAGCAGUGAAGUAGAGAUGGAGUCAGAGGAGACCAUUGCAGAGAGAAAGAGGAAGAUGGCCAGCCCAGCGGAGGAGUCCCAUCUGCAAGGCGUGGGGGCCUCCAGCUGUCUGGGACUGAGUAAACCGGAGACCCGUGAAGAGAGGAAGAUGGAGGCCAUCCUGCAGGCCUUUGCCCGCAUGGAGAAGAGGGAGAAGAGGCGUGAGCAGGCCCUGGAGAAGAUCGGCACCAAGUCAGAGGGGGGCAUCAAGGAGGAGCCCCCUGCCACCCCCGAGGCCGACAUGCAGUCUCCCGGUAUCAUGACGCCCCUGCUAGAGGUGAAGGAGGAGCCGGGUCUCAACAAGCCCACGCCGGCCAAGCUGCGAGGCAGCAAGCAGAGGAAGAGCUUCUCGCGGAGCCGCACCCACAUCGGGCAGCAGAGGCGGCGAGCGCGCACCAUCAGCACCUGCUCUGACAUACCUCCCGGCUCGCCCGGGGAACCCCUGGACCCCCUGGCCAAUGAUAGCCUAGACGUAGAGGCCUCCAGGGACCCUGAACCAGAGGCCCUCUCCUCCCAUGCCCCCGACACCAGCCCCCCUUACAGUGGCUCCCCGGCCCCUGACAGAAACCGCUCCGGGCAGAAGUACCCCAAAACUAAAAAGCACUUAGUGAGUGAGUGGUGCGUCGACAAGCAGGAGCGGUCAUUGCGGACCCCAGAGCCGAUCCCGGAGAGGCCCCUGAGGAUCAGCAGCGACCCUGAGGUGCUGGCCACCCAGCUCAACGCCCUACCCGGCAUGGGCCCCAACCCGCACGUCUACAGCACGCCCAAACACUACGUCCGCUUCUCCUCGCCCUUCCUGGCCAACCGCAGCCCCACCACCCCUGGGGUGCCCACUGGACGCCGGCGUUCCCGCGAGCUGCCCGACACGCCGCCCACCUCAGGCUCCUGCAAGAAGCGCUGGCUGAAGCAGGCUCUAGAGGAGGAGACCACCACCCCUCCACCCAGCAGCUGCCGGCCCACCCUGGUCAUGCCUAGCGAGGGCCCUCUCAGCCCCCCUAUCAACGGGGACUCUGAUAGCCCCCUCCCCUACAACGGAAGCUGCACCUUGCCAGAGUUGCCCACUCCUCUGAAGAAGCGGCGCCUGGGUCUGUGUCCACUGGACGCCUGCAUGUCAGAGAGCUCCACCCCCUACGGCUCUCCCUGCGCAACGCCAACCCGGGCCGACCUAUCAGAGACGCCGGGUACACCCUUGCUGCUGGCCACACCACCCCGCGUCACCCGUACGGAAGAACCGAGCCCCGAGGCUCUACCAAGCACCCCCACACACACACUCAGUGCCCCGCAGGAAAGCGAGUCUUCCCUGGACAGCUCACCAGAGGGCAGUCGCAGACCCAGCCCCCAAGAGGCUGAGCGGCCACCUUCGCUGCUCUCCUCCCCCUGCGUAGCGGUCAGGGCUCCCAGUCUGGAUGUGUUGACCCCCCAAGAGGCCAAGACCAGCGCCCCCCUGAGCCCCCAGCCCCCCACCCCCGAGUCCCAGGACUGUGUGGGAGAGGAGGGGCCAGAGACAGUGACCGAGGGCAGCAGCGACACCCCCUCCUCCACAGACCCAGCCUCUUCCUCCCUCCUCCCCCCCUGGAUGAAGAGUCCAGAGAGAGUGGGUCUGUCAGGGCCAGGGGGUCUGUCCUUCUCCCCCAUCAACUCUAACCUGAGGGACCUUACCCCCUCACACACCCUGGAGCCCAUCUUGGCCUUCAGGCCUGAGGCUGUGGCUGGUGUUGUGGCAGUGACAGUGACAGUACCAGUACCCCUGGCAGCAGGACCCUUCACAGAGGCUGCAGGGUCUCUCUUCUACCCCUGCCCUGAGGAGGGGGGAACGCUGGCCUUCUCUCGUUCACUAAGUGGAGACAGCACCGGAGAGGGAGGGUCAGGACAGAAUCCCCCACAGAAGAAAAAGGUGUCUUUGCUGGAGUACAGGAAACGUCAGCGAGAGGCGCAGCGCAGCGGCUCCAAAAUGGAAUGCGGCUCGCCUGUCUCUACAACAUCUACCCUGGUGGAGAUGUUCCCUCUGCCCAUGGAGACCACCCAAGAGCCUCCACCCCUGGCUCCUGCUCCGGCCCAAACUCCAGUGGCCCCUAUUGCAGUGGCCCCCACCCCGCCUGAGUCAAAUACCCCCCAGCCCAGCGAGGACACAGAGCCCCCUGUCGAGGGGGAGAGAGAGGGGGGAGAGGGACAGUGGACCUCGUCCACCUCGGUGGAGCAGGCAAGAGAGCGUGGCUACCACAGAGCCCUGUCGCUUAGUGACCACAGCAAGGACAAAGAUGGAGAGACCGAGGGCAGUGAGGCCCCAGUCAGAGAUUGUUCAUCUCCUAGCCUGCAGAGGACCCCAACCCACACGCCGUGUUCUCCUGGCCCCAGCAGCCCGUCCCAGCCUGGCAGUCGCACAGUGAAGGAGGAGGAGAGUGACAGCCGGCCUCGGACCCCCUCCCAGGCCACCCCACAGCAGCCCAGCAAGCCUGCCGUACCCAAGACAGCCCCCCUGACCCCCACCAAGCUACACCCUGCUGCCCCCUACCCUGCCCCCUCACUCCUCCACUCCCCCAAACCCCAGGCCCAGGGCUCCCCUUACCGCAGCCAGAGGGCCUUCCUUGCUCCUCCUCAGUCCCAGCCACAGGCUCAGCCAGCUGCCCCCUUCUCCCAGUACAGCCCACAGUCCGCUCCACCCCCUCCUCCACCAGCACCUCCAGCCUCAGCGGCCUACUUCUCCAGCCAGUCAGCCCCUGCCGUGGGAUCCUUCCCUGGGUUCAAGCCUGCAGUGAUCCCCAUUCCCCCUGGAGCCCAGCCCCUCCUGCAGACUCUUCCUCCCCACGCCCUGCACUACCAGAGCUCUACCACUCCGCCUCCUCCUCCCCCUCCCCCACCACAACACCCUGGGCCCAGCCCGGCCCUGCUACACGUUAACCUGCAGCCUCCUCCUGUCCAACAGCACCAGCUCCUCCUGACCACAUCCCCCAGUCCUCCCCCUCCUCCUCCGCCCCCUCCCCCACAGGGCCAGACCCACCAGCUGCAGCAGCCCAGUGCCAGCACCCUCCUGUCACUCAACCAGGGCUUGCCUCUUCCUCCACCCCCACCCCCUCCUCCUGUCCUCCACCGGUGUCCCAAUGCAAGUGCAGGCCCCUCACCACUUUCAGAACUUGGGGGCUUUCCAGCCCCGCUGAUGCACACCGGCGGCACCACUAACCCCUCGGUGCCCCCUCCACCUACCCCCCGCCCCACCAGCAGACUGGACUGCCCCCCUCCUCCCCCUCCCCAGCAGCAGACUCAGCCGGCCCAGGCCGUGCCCACCGCCACUCAGAUGCCCAGCGGAACACGUGGGGCCCCUGCGUCCCCCGCCCCCUUUCACAACGCUGGGUACCUGGGCACGGGGUGGCACUGACCGCCUCCAUGCAGGCCUCCCCCUUGGCCCUGCCAGCCCCUGUGAACUCACUCUGAGAGGAGCUUGAUGACAGACAGCGGAACACAACAAGCAACAAAAGCUGUAAAUAUUUUCUAUGUACCUGAACACAUGGCCAAUGGAAAAACAGGAGAACGUGGGAUAAAGGGGUGCUUUUUAAAGGACAAACUGAAAACAAGGACCGUGAAACAAUCUUAUUAAGAGACUUUGUGUUUGAAAAUGGAUGAUUCCCCCGGUGCUCAUCCCACUCUCUCUCCGACCUCCCUCCCUCUGUUUUCUUUUGAAUAUCCCUCCUGUGGCGGAGAGAGUGUCUGACCGUCUGUCCGUCUGUCUGUUUUGGACUUCUAUUCUAAGGUCCCGCACUUUCUGUAUCAAUGUACAUUCCAGCCUCCACCCCCCCUUCGUCAGUUAGUCCGCCUUUCACUUCUCCUUCUCUUUGUCUAUUGUCUGCUCUUCUACACCGUUUAUUCCUUUUAUCUAGUGGCUCAUUAUAGCAAACAGAAAGCUUUUUGUAAAGAGAAAAAAUACAGUUAUUAUUAUUUUUAUUCCUCUGUGUAACAAAUAUCUGCACCGCUGCAGUGAUUCAGAAAAUGCUCUUCUGGGAGCCCGCUUCACUGCCCCAGGAGACUGCACUCGUGUGUGUGUGUGUGUGUGUGUGUCCUGUGUGUCAGUGGAAGAAAGGGAAGUGAUAGACAGUAAGAGUGAUGGUGUGAAACGAGUGCAGUAGUCCUCUGUGGUAGCCAGAGUGAGGUCUCACCCGUAGGUAGGACGUUAGCGGUUUAUUUUUGAAUAUCAAUGGUUAUUUGUAGAAAUUGUAAUUUAAUGUAUAGGUGGUUACUCCAGCUUUCUCCGGAAACAGGUUGUAUAUAUUUGCUUCUUUUCUUUCCUAUGCUUGUACAAUUGGCUCCCAUCCCAUUUUGGAAUAUGGUUGUAAAUACGAGCGCUCUUCUUGGCAAAGAUGAAUGUUUCUGUGACAAUAGCACUUUUUAUUUAGUUUUUCCUCUCUGGACUAUUCAGUGUAGUCUUUUAUUAUUUGUGUGUGCGUGUGAGUAUGUUUGUGCAGAGGAGAGAGACUCAAACACUGCACUGGUUGGCUAUUUUCAUGGUUCAUUAUAAUAAAUCACUGUAAUGACAGUUUUAUACCA